AUGGGAAGUGAAUCAGCUGCGUACUUUGCAGAUCAUAAUCAGCCACAGUUGGAGAGGCAGAAGUCGAAUAGUGCCCCCACGACGCCGACCUUUAAUGGAUCGGCAAAUUCAGGCAAUGGCAACAACAGUAAAACAAACGGCAGUUAUGGGGACGACGAUAUGGGGCCAUCAGUUUCGAUGGCGGUUCAGGCGGAUGACGAUGCAAGUUUUGAGAGAUCCACUUUCAAUUUGAAAAGAACCAGAUCCAUGGGCUAUUUUGAUGACUACAUUGAUCCCACAAAGAAGCUAUUGGGGAAGUCAUCGACCAGCGAGGGCGGUAUAAGCAAGGAGCAGGACAACCCUGAAGCGUCGGAGAACUCUGACGAAUACGAUGACGACUACAACACUGACAGUGAUAGUGGUAGUUACAGCGAUAAUGACGAGAAUGACAAUUUUGAAAACGACGAAGAAGAAGCAGACCGGGAUGAAUAUGAGUCGCGACCCCGCGCACUGUCACCUUCCGUAUCGCCGCCGCCGGCUGAUGCCGACACGCUUCUUCUGCCGCAGGAUGACAACGAUUUAAUGAGAGAGCCUGAAAGGCAUGUGGACUAUCUGUCGCAUAAUUGGAAUGAAUGGGACAUUUCAAAAUCGUGGAAGUAUAUUAUCCUGAAGAAAAAGAAGCGGGCCGAAGACCUUGUCAAUGCAGCUCGCCUGGAGAACGCUUCAUGGAGGACAUGGGCAAAGGCAAGGAAUCAUUUAAAAACCGUCUUGCCAGAGAUUGUUAAUUGGUCGAAAGACUCCGACGUUACCUGGUUAUAUGGUCCGAUUGUCCGUGAUCGGGACGAGGAUGAUGCCAGUGAUGUUGAGAGAGGUUAUGGUUCAGACGAUGAAAACUCUAAGAGAAUAGCGGCACCAGCAAAAGUUGUACUGAAAAAAACACCAAAUUCACCAACUCCCAAACCGAUCCUGAAAAAGAGAACUGUUUCGGAGAUUUUAGCCGAAAACUCUCAAUGGAAACUCAACGAGGUAAAGAAACUGAUCAACGAAAUGAAACAUGCGUCUGUUGUAAUGGAUCCCUAUGGAGGUGUUAAGGCUUCGAAAGAUGUAUACGAUGAUUAUGAUGCCUUGGCGGCCAAAGUCAAUGCUCAAUAUUACCGCAGCAGUCAAGCGCAAGGUUCGCAGGCUAUAGAUACUAACUCAUCUAAAAAGGUGUCUGACCUGAUAUCAAGGAAAUUUGGCUCGAAUGAUCGAUAUGCGGACAGCCAACACGCACAAUCUAGGCAUGCUGCGCGCGAGGAAAGAAAAUCCGACGAAGACGGUCAACCUUCAAGUGAGCACAUCGAAAGCCCGUUUACAUUUUUGAAAUCAAACUUCAAGACUGAGAAGUCAAACAAAACCAGACAUAUACAUUUUAACGAUAGAGUUGAACAGUGCAUGGCAUUAGCCACACCCACGUCCGAUAGUGAAUACACUGAUGAUGAAAAUGAAACUUAUUUUUCAAAAUCAAUCAGGAAAGAAGCCACUUCAAAAAAUGAGGAUGCAUUACAAUCUGCUGAGAGCAGUGACUCAUCAUCUUCCGGGGAUGAAAGUGAUGAGGAUGAGGAUAAUGCAGGGCUAUUUAUUAACCCAACCAUAUCUCGAAGAACCGAGUCGAAUAGUCACUACACAGAUAGUUCUUCUCAAAACUCAUCGGUACAUUCUAGGUUACCCCUGAACCCCAUCAUUAAACUACUGCCGGCGACAACUUUGAACUAUGGAUCUGACGAGGAGGAUCCAGAUAACGAGGAAUACAAUGGUUACGGUAAUGCAGUCUCGCACAAUGUGAAUACCUACAGAGGUUAUGACUACAUGUAUGAUUACAACUCUGUGUAUACCGGUGAUACUUCGAGUUUUCUUCCGGUGGAAGGUUGCGAUGUUAUAGACGUGCCUGAUGGUAUUGAUCUUCAUGCAGCUAUGGCUGCUGACAGCGCAUCAACGUAUGAAAUAGGCCAUGCAGUUUCACCGAGCAAUGGGGAACCCAGCCGAUAUAGUAAGCAAUUAGGAACCCAUAAUCUCUUUUACGAUUCAUCACAAAGCAGUGACUCGGAUAGUGAAGAACAGUUCAUUGAAGACUCGCAAUACCGAAGCAGUGACGAUGAAGAUGAUGGUUUGUCAUUGAAAAGAACUGCUUCUUUCGGGAAGAACGGAAAGACAAACUCACUUAGAGACUUGACAAACUCUGCUUCUAGUACAUCUUCCCAACCUGUUAAAACGCGCAGCUUUAUCACAGGUAAAGCUGUCAAUGCAAUUGACAAAAAUCAGGAAAGAUCUACCGCACAAGAGCAUGCUGCUAAUGGGAAAAAAGGAAUGAGACCACGCUAUUUGAAGCGCAACUCCUCGUCAUCAAGCUUUAUAUUCAACUCGGACAGUGAUGAAGAAAGUGAAGACGAUGAAGACGGAUCAGAUGCAGCUAUUCCUGUUGAACAGAGGGCUCCAAUAAAGUCUGAUAAAACGGAUGAAAACGUUGUCGGUUGUAGGAAAUCUUUCUCGAAUUCCAGGCAGUCAAAACCUGUUCCACCGCAAAGUACUGUGGUAUCUUCAGAUCCUAGGACCUUCGCGCCGCCAAUACCAUCAUCUCAAGUGUCAGAUAUGUCUAAGAGUCUACGACUUAAGAAUUCAUCAUCGCUCGCGGAGGUUGGAGCCAGCGACGUGGCUAUCGCUGGCAGCUUUUCACCGAGGUCUGAUUCUGUUAAGUCAGUAGUCUCUAAUCAGGGAAUUGUCAAUAAAACAUCCUCUAAUGAGUUACGCGAAAUGAACGAACAUCUGGAAGCAUAUCACUUGGAUGACCAAAACGACGCAACUGACGACGAUGCGAAUGAAAGCAUUCAAAAAAUGAUGCUCAAUGCCCGCGAGCUUGCGCAGAAGUACUUGCAUUCGUGGAAAAAACCAGAUGGUAAACAGGAUGACUCUAACGCAGGUUCAAUCGGUACAUGA